AUGCCGUUGUGCUCCCGGAACUCACCUACUACUUUGCCCCUCUUGCUGGAUCGAGAAGACGAGGACGUCACCGAGCCGAACAUGUGCAGAACUUGGAGGUGUCAUGCUUUCGGUACUUGGAUCGGUCGGAUCGUGAAGACGUACGACUACAUCAACUGCGUUGAUAUAACGCUUCCGCUUUCGGUCUACAAGGGAGGCAACAAGUUUCUGAUGAUGCAGAGGAGGGACCUCGUCACCAAGGGGGUCGCGCUCUCCGUCUGCUCCUCGCUGCUCACCUCCUCCUCCAACGGCGCCGCUGCUCAAGCAUUGGAGAGGCUGCCGUUCAAGGCGGACGGGUACAGCUUCUGGACGUGGAGGGGCCGCCGGAUACACUACGUGGAGCAAGGGUCCGGCCAGCCCAUCGUGCUCAUCCACGGCUUCGGCGCGUCGGCGUUCCACUGGAGGUACAACAUCCCGGAGCUGGCCAAGAAGUACAAGGUGUACGCCGUGGACCUGCUGGGCUUCGGCUGGAGCGAGAAGGCGCUGGUGCAGUACGACGCCACCAUCUGGAUGGAGCAGGUCUCCGACUUCCUCCGGGAGGUCGUCCAGUCGCCGUCCGUCGUCGUCGGCAACAGCUUAGGUGGCUUCACGACGCUGUUCGCGGCGACGGAGGUGCCGGAGCUGGUCCGGGGCGUCGUGCUGCUCAACUCCGCCGGCCAGUUUGCGGACCCCAACGCGCCGCCCAAGCCUGAAGAGGCGGCGGCAGCGGAGGAGGAGGUGAGCGCGGUGACGAGGCUCAUCGUGAGGCCGCUCAAGGAGGCCUUCCAGCGGGUCGUGCUCGGGUUCCUCUUCUGGCAGGCCAAGCAGCCGGCCAGGGUCGAGAAAGUCCUCAAAAGCGUGUACAAAGACCCGAGCAACGUGGACGAGUACCUGAUCAGCUCGAUCACGGCGCCGACGGCCGACCCGAACGCCGGCGAGGUGUACUACAGGCUCAUGUCGCGGUUCGUGGCGAACCAGCAGAGCCAGUACACGCUGGACAAGCUGCUGGGGAAGCUGACGUGCCCGCUGCUGCUGCUGUGGGGGGACCUGGACCCGUGGGUCGGCCCGUCCAAGGCGGCAAGGAUCCACGAGUUCUACGCCAACUCCACCGUCGUCAACCUCCAGGCCGGCCACUGCCCGCACGACGAGGCGCCGGAGCAGUUCAACGCGGCGCUGCUCCAGUGGCUCGCGUCGAUGGAGGAGGAGGCCGGCGACAAGCCCGCCGAGCCCAGCCUCCAGGUCGUGUGA